AAGGAGGCGGAGCUUCGGGAGGCGGAGCACGGGAGGCGGCGGUAGAUACUUAGUACCUAGAAAUACUCUUGGCAUGACGUCAAGGGAAAGAUGGAGUGUCGACAGAUAGGUUACCUCUUCAUGGGGUUUGCAGUGUUUGUGUCUGUCAUGUAUUGGUCUUCACCGAGUCAUGUACGUGGGGAACUUAGAGCUCAAUACAUGAAGAAGACUCAACCGAACUUUGUGUUCAUUCUGACGGACGACCAGGAUGUGGUGCUGGACGGCAUGCUUCCCAUGGCCAACGUGAAGAAACUGAUUGCCAAGGAAGGCCUCACCCUGUCCAACUCCUUUGUUGCGAGUCCUCUCUGCUGUCCCAGUAGGUCCAGCAUUUUAACAGGACAGUAUGUACACAAUCACAUGGCCAUUAAUAAUUCGCUAAGUGGCCAGUGCAGUGGCAAGAGGUGGCAGAUGGGACCAGAGAAGAGGACUUUUGCAACCCAUCUCCACAAGUACGGUUAUGAAACAUUUUUUGCCGGGAAGUACUUAAACCAGUAUGGCCACGAGAAGGUUGGAGGAGUGAAGCACGUCCCACCAGGAUGGGACUGGUGGAUCGGGUUAAAGGGAAAUUCGCGAUACUACAACUACACACUCUCGGUUAAUGGAGUGGCCGAGAAUCAUGGGGCUGACCCUGACAAGGACUACCUCACGAAGGUCAUAAGCGAGAGGGCCCAGGAGUUCCUGCACAAGUCUUCAUUUGAGAAGCCCUUCCUUAUGAUGCUGUCAGUGCCGUCUGCACAUGCGCCCUUCACCCCUGAGCCCAAGUACUCUGGCAACUUUUCCUCCCUCAAAGCACCCAGGACAGAGAACUUUAACAUCAAAGCAGGUGAAGGCAAACACUGGCUGAUGCGGCAAGGUGUUCAGCCUCUCCCUGAGGAUGUUGUGGACAAAGUGGAUGAUGUCUUUAGGAACAGACUUAGGACACUGCUCACGGUGGAUGAUAUGGUGAAGGAUGUUGUGGAAUACUUAAAGGAGGUGGAUGAACUUAAAAAUACCUAUUUAAUCUUCACAUCUGAUAAUGGGUAUCACUUGGGACAGUUUUCUCAGCCCCUGGAUAAGAGGGAACCAUAUGAGACGGAUAUCCGGGUACCUUUUACAAUUCGAGGCCCUAACAUACCCUCAGGAAUGGUCAACACAUUCCCAACAACUAAUAUCGAUCUUGCACCGACUAUCUUAGACUUAGCUGGGGUACCGAUACCCAAGUACAUGGAUGGUAUUUCACUGAAGUCAGAAAUAACUAAAACCAAGUCCACAGGCAUUAGAGUUGUGUUGAAUAGCAUUAGUCUUUCAGAUGAAGAGCUGCUUAAGAGGGAGUAUCAGGUCCCAGGCUAUCCUCAGGUACGAAGAACCAUGUUAGUGGAACACUCUGGGGAAGGUGUGGAAAAAAAUAAUGGGUGCGAGUUCAUGGGUUCAGGUUUAUCUGGUUGUAAUCCUAACUUUGCGUGCAAGUGUGAGGACUCAUGGAACAACACAUAUGCAUGCUUAAGACAGGUAAGCAGCGAGGAAAACUUUCUAUUUUGCAAAUGGGAUGAUGGGGAGUCAUUCCAAGAAAUGUAUGACCUGAAGAGUGAUCCACAGCAGCUGAACAAUACCAUUGGAAUAAUAAAGAGAGAUGUCCACAAGAAGUUGAAUAAUCUGCUUCGCAAUUUAAAGAGAUGCAGAGGGGCAAGGUGUGCAGAUCUGUCUAGUUUUGUCAUUUAGCGGGUUUUAAUUUUAUAGUGAAUUUAUUUUUUAAAUACAGAAUAUUGUGAUAUAUAAAUUUCUAAUAAUGCUUCGUGAUGUUUCUGAGAAACCUGGAAAUACUGUUUAUCAAUUAGUAGAUUGACAUAUAUUUUUUUCUUUUUUAUUCUUUUUGUUGGAAAAAAAAUCCAACUUUGCAUGUUUUCUGUUGGAAAUUGUCUAUCAUGGGUUAUUUGUAGAAUAUAAAAGAUUAAGGAAAAACAAAAAGAGUUUGGGCUAAAUUGGCAUCUCAGGGUUGAGGAGCUUGUUGAAAUCUAGAAAGAAGUUACUUUCAUUUUGACUUGUUUGGACACUGCAAGUUGUACAUGAUUAAAUUAAUGGGGUCAGCAACCUCCUGUGAUAUUAGAAGUUAAGUUUACUUAUUGCUUCAAGUAACUAUUAAUGAUAAAUCAGGAACAUUCACAUAGGUUUAUUGUUUGUACAUACAGGAAAUGGGGACUGGUUCAUCCCAUGUUACAGAGUAGUAUGUUGUAUAUUACAACGACUUACUAAAUAUUAACUAAACAGAAAUGUAGAUAGAACAUAAGAUAUUUUUGUAAACUCAAUUUAUUUUUUUUGUUUUGUUUUAUAGGCACUGAUUAUGAAAAAAAAAGGAAAUCUGAAAGUGAUAGUCAAGUGUUCAUUUCCUUGCUGAGAUCAGUAACAGUAUUAUCUUUAUUGUUCUUGUUCAUCCUUUGAGCAUCUCAGUUCAUAGCCACUUCUGGAAAUGUGAAAAGUGUUGUUGGUAUGAAUUCCCUGAUUGGCAAAGAAUUUCAGAAUAUGGGAAAGAUAUUAAUUUUACUUUUCCAAAAGAAAAACCAUGGCAUACUUUCAAUUAAUAAAAGAAGAAAAUUUCUUGUGCAAUUUUUGGUGUGAAAUGUCUUCCUCAAAUGUCUUCCAGUUUUAUUUUGAUGAUAAAAUUAGCAUUGGAAUUCAGGUUAAUGACUAUUAUGUACUUUUAAUUCCUCUUGAUUUUAUCUCUUUACUUACAUUAAUUAUUUUUAUAUAUGUAAUCCAGUGAAGCAUUGUUAUUAAUGCAUACAUUAGGCUUAAGUAUGAUAUGUGAUUCUAUAUUAUCAGAUGAGAAGGUGCAGCUUGAGGAUGCAACAACUGGUAUAGCUUAAUACGAAGAAUGUGAGGUUUUAUAAGGAAGGUAUUGCAAAUUAUUUUCUGCAAUUUCCUAAUUGUGGAAGUCUUAAUUAAUUCCAUUAUUGUGCCAUGACUUCACAUUUUCGUUUUCAUUAUGAAUUCAUUAAUCCCGUUGCGUGAUGAUUUGUACUGACAAUCCUAUGUAUUUAUUUUUUGUUAUCAUACCUGGUGAUUAAUUAGAGAUAUUUUGGGAAUGAUAUAUGGUAUUAUAUUUGUUCUGAGAUUAUGUUGGUGCUUUUAUUCAAAAGGUUGUUGAAAGGAAAUUCUUGUCAGUUGUCAUUAUUAUUUUUUUUUAAUUGGAGUUAUCAAUAAAUUUUUUCUUGUA